GGUAGGGACGUAAUUCAUGGAAAAAUACUACUACGAAACUGACGCAUCGCACUUCCAAUUUUUCUAAAUAAAACAAAAAAUCAAAAUUAUAUUUCUUCUCAACAAAAAUAUAUAUAUAUAUAUAUAUAUAUAUAUAUAUAUAAAUCCACCAAAAUGAGGCCACGCAGAGACACUAAUAACAGAUUCAAUAUCAAUUUCAAUUUCCACCAUUCAGCAACAAAACCAACCACCGCAUCCCCACGGCGGCGAGCUCCUCCGUUUACGAAACGAUUACUCCUCUUCAUGGCGGGACAAUCCAGAAAAUGGAUGAUCCUUGUCGUCACGAUUUGGAUUCAGGCUUUCACCGGAACGAAUUUUGAUUUCUCGCAAUACUCGUCGUCGUUGAAAGCCGCACUCGGAAUUUCUCAGGCGCAGCUUAAUUAUUUGGCCACCGCGAAUGAUAUGGGGAAGGUUUUCGGUUGGUCUUCUGGGUUGGCGCUUAUUUAUCUUCCUGUUUCGGUUGUUAUGUUUCUAACGGCAUUCAUGGGUUUUUUUGGGUAUGGUCUUCAAUGGCUUCUCAUCAACCAUUUCAUCGAUUUGCCUUAUUUUCUGGUGUUUCUUCUGUGUCUUUUAAGUGGCUGUAGCAUCUGCUGGUUCAACACUGUAUGUUUCGUUCUCUGCAUUAGGAAUUUUCCAGUUCACCGAACACUUGCAUUAUCACUUACUGUGAGUUUCAAUGGUGUUAGCGCAGCUCUUUAUACCCUUGCUGCCAAUUCCAUAGACCCUUCAUCUGACGAACUGUAUCUUCUUUUGAAUGCCCUUGUUCCCCUUCUUGUUUGCAUUGCAGCAAUUGUUCCAAUUCUUCGCCAACCGCCUGUAGAUCCUCUUCCACCUGAUGCAUUUAACCGUGACUCGCUAGUAUUUCUAAUCUUGAACUUCCUAGCCAUUUUCACUGGCCUUUAUCUCCUCUUGUUUGCCUCAACUGCUUCUUCCAUGACUUCAGCUCGGCUACACUUUGGUGUAACUAUUCUUCUCCUCACCCUCCCGAUGUUUAUUCCUGGCAUUGUAUAUGCCCGGGCUUGGGCUCGACGUACCAUCCAUUCCAGCUUUAAGAUAGAAGGAUCCAGCUUCCUUCUUGUUCAUGAUGAUGCUCUUGAGCUGCAUAAAGAACUACUUAGCCGUCACAAUAGUCUUACGGGCAAUGGAGAUUCUUACAGCCUGCUAAGCAACAAUGGAUCAAUGUAUUCAAGUCAGAAGACAAGUGAUAGUGAUAUGUGUUGUGAGAGGAUGAUUGGUCAGGAUCACUUGACAAUGCUAGGAGAAGAACACUCGGCUGCAGUGCUUCUCCGAAGAUCAGACUUUUGGCUAUACUACAUUACAUACUUCUGUGGAGGUACAAUUGGUCUCGUCUAUAGCAAUAAUCUGGGACAGAUUUCUCAAUCUCUGGGCCUGAAAUCAAGUACUUCUACCCUUGUUACUCUCUAUGCAUCCUUUUCGUUUUUCGGCCGCUUGCUUUCAGCCGGACCAGACUAUAUUCGUAGUAAGUUCUACUUUGCAAGAACUGGCUGGCUCUCAAUUGCACUUAUACCAACACCGAUUGCGUUCUUCUUGCUCGCUGCAUCAGACAGUUCUCUGGCUCUGCAUACAGGAACUGCACUAAUAGGAAUGAGUUCUGGUUUCAUAUUUGCAGCUGCGGUUUCAGUUACAUCCGAGCUUUUUGGACCCAACAGCGUUGGUGUCAAUCACAACAUUGUCAUAACAAAUAUCCCCAUUGGUUCGCUUCUCUACGGUUUCCUCGCUGCACUAGUUUAUGAUGCCCAUGCUCAGGCACACUCAACGCCGGGAAACUUGACAACGUCUGAGUCAGUAGUUUGCAUGGGAAGGCAAUGCUACUUCUGGACUUUUGUCUGGUGGGGAUGCAUAUCUGUCCUGGGACUAUGUUCUAGUAUGCUGUUAUUCCUAAGAACCAGACAUGCAUAUGAACAUUUUGAGGAACACCGUACUUCAACACAUGCUAUUGUGUCUUAAAUUUUGUUGUUAAUGAGACAUGAUGAUCAAUCAUAGUGCGGCUGAAUUCAUUUCGACAGUAGCAUAAGCUUCGCUUGUACAGGUGUCGAGAAGCAGAGUAAGAGUAAAAGCUAGUGUGAUUUUUAAGGAAUGUAGUUUGUAUUGUAGUGUUGUAUCGUAGAGGUUAGUUAGAUAUUCAGAAGCAAAAGGAAUAAGGAAUUUGCUUUGCUCUACAGUGCAUACACAAAAAUUAAGAAAAGUGAAAAAGUAAAAAUAAAAAAAUGAGAAUAGAACAUAUAAG